AUGGCCGAUGUAGGCAAACGCAUGCAGGUGGGUCUAUGCUGGGCAAAAACAGGUGCCGGCAAGCUACCCUACGAUGCCAUUGAGACACAGCCCGGUGUCUACGUAUGCCGCGCCUGGCAUGAGGGUGAACAAAUCCCCGGCACCUACGUUCCACGGUAUGCGCUCGCCUACGUCUCCUAUGCUGGCAAGGAACACCAGAAGACGGAGUGCGAAGUACUCUGUGACACUAGUACCCUGGGCAAUAUCCCUCGUAAGUAA